AUGGCAGACGCUCCCUUCCUGUCUCCUCACCCGCGCGCCCUCGCACCGUCCGACAUUGUGCUUGGCGCCAUUUGGAUCGCUCCCGGCGGAGGCGAACAGGGCGACGGCGCUCGCGGCGAUCCAGGCCAAGACAACGCAACUGCCACCGUCUCCGCCGCAAUCGCGCAUGGCGUCCGCGAGUUCGACACGGCGCCCUGGUACGGCGCCGGAGCGUCCGAGGAGCGGCUGGGCGGCGCGAUCGCCGCGCUUUCCGAGGAGCAGCGCCAGCCUCUCCAAGUCGGCACAAAGGCUGGCAGGCUGCGCGCCACGAGGCAUGACUUUAAUACAUCAUUGGUCCAGGACUCGGCGGCGACCGGCGUGCCCCGCGUGCACACGCUGCGGAUCCACGACCCAAACGACAACUCCAACAACCGGCGCGGCGACCCGCACUUUGCGGACGAGGUCGGGCUCGGCAUGAACUGCAACCGCAUGCCGCACCAGGGCGUGCCCGAGGAGAUCGAGCGCUUGGUGAAGGGGGCGCCGCAAGGCACAUUCGACUCGGCGCUGCUUGCGGGCGGGUGGAACCUCCUCUCGCAGGACGGGCUGGCGACGCUGCAGCUCUGCGCGCGGUGCGGGGUCGCGGUGCAUGUCGCCGGCGUCUUCGCGUCAGGCUUGCUCGUCGGCGGAGACACCUUCGCGUACAAAGCCGCGCCGCCGGAGGUUGUCGAUCGUGCGAGGCGGUGGGGCGAGCUAGCGGCGGCGCACGGGCAUGACCUGCCCGCCGUCGCCGUCGCGUUUGCCGCGCUGCCUGCGGUGGUGACGAGGGUUGUGGUUGGGAUGGCGAGUCCGGGGCAGGUGGAGCAGACGCUGGCUUGGGUCGAGCAGAGCAGACGGGUGGGGGGGGAGGUGUGGCGCGCCGCAAAGCAGGCGGGGCUACUCGACGCGAGCCUCCCGACGCCGCCGCCGCCGCCAGAGCCGGCCGGCGCCUCCCCUCGGGCUGCCGCCCCCCCCCUCCCCGCACCCGCCUCUCUUCCAACCUCCCCGCCGGCCGCGCGGCUCGGGGUGGACGGCGUGGUGGCGCGGCUGGAGGAGCUUCGGGGCUGGUGCUCGGCCGGGACGUGGCGAGCCGCCCUCGCGCUGGUCGCUGGCGAAGCACCGGCGGAGGAGUUGCCUCUCGGGCAAGCCGCGGGGAUGGAGGAGCGAUGCGAGCGAGCCGAGGCGGCGCUGCGGGAGGCACGAGUGGCGCAGCACGUUGCGGCGCACGACGCGGUGGGCGCGGCCUCUCACUGCCGCCGCAGUGUGAAGGAGCUGGUGAGCCUCCACCGGGCGCUCGACGCGUCGCUGGCGGCCAUGGAGGGGAAUGCCGCUGACGGGAGGUGAUCCGGUGACCCCCACGGCCCGGCAGCCGGUGCAGAAGGCGGGCGCGAGGCAGCUGAGCGCGAGGAGCGCCGCGCGGCGAAGCGGCAGCAGUGGACGGAGCAGGGCGUGGCGGCGGUUCGAGGCAGCGCAGGAGAGGCGCGUGUGGCGACGAAUGAGCCGCGAGCGUGCGCCGCGGUUCGAGCGCGGCAGCGGGAGAAGGUCUGCUCUCUGAUGGGUGAUGGAUCGUAAAGGCAUGCACCCCCCCCCCCAAUCCCCCAAAAGGUAAAGGCCGUGUGAAGUUUGCCGUUUGACCACACUAAGCAUUGCCC